AUAAAGGGGAAAAUUUUCCCCUCUAUCAUCUUUGUCUGCGUAGUUCUUUUGUUUUUUUUUCUUUGUCCUCCCGUUAUCUAUAUUUACAAGAAUGUCAAAUAUUAUUAUUUCUUUUAUUUUAGUCCUUAAUCAGAUGUAGUCAUGUACAGAGAAUAAAAUUAUCACUGAAGAAUCAUCAAGAAGAGCACGAUCUCACUAUCAGUUUUAGGAUAUUGGCAAGAAAUUGUUAGGAGAUUACGAAAAGGACGACUCUGGAAAAAAAAUAAGAGAAGAAAAAGAACCAGUUUUUGAAGGGGGCUGUAAAUUUUGGCUAUUGGUUCUUCAAAGUUGUUACCUUUUUGCAGAAUUUCCAAGGUUACUGACGACAUUUAGAAGUAAAGAAGUUGUGGUUCUGAGAAUUGAAUUUACUGCCAGACUUUGCUUAGCCUUUCCUUGGGCAAGCUGAAGGGUUGUUUGCUGGCAGCUUGGAAGAUUCUGAAAUAGAUUGGAAAGAAACCUAGCUCUUUAGGGUGUUGUGUAAGAUUGUCAUGCUGAAUGUUGCUACCAGGUGGUGGAUUAGGGAUGAAUUCUACGAUGGAUGAUAUGAACUUGAUUCAGGCACAGAGGCAUCUGGUCAGGGAUCUUGGUGAGGAGAUUGAUUUGGAGAUUGGACCUGGGGAUGAUGACCCUUCAUUUGCCAACACUCCUUCUCUCAUUGGUGGCCCACCACGAGAACCUUCUGCUGAAGAGCAGGAUGAAAAUAAGCAGAUGGCAAUGGUCUCUCAACUUCCAAAUGAUGAUCAAGAUACGUCAAAGGCACAAACUCCAAAAAGGAAGAAGAAGGUUGUGAAAAGAUGGAGAGAGGAAUGGGCUGAUACUUACAAGUGGGCGUAUGUUGAUGUGAAGGAAGGAACAGCAAGGAUAUUCUGCUCUGUUUGUAAAGAAUAUGGUAGAAAGCAUAGAAGGAAUCCUUAUGGGAAUGAAGGUAGUAGAAAUAUGCAGAUGAGUGCAUUGGAAGAGCACAACAACAGUUUGCUUCACAAAGAGGCUCUUCGUCUCCAAAUGGCCUCGAAGGAUAAGAUUGUUGUUGAUAAACCCAUUUAUGUAAAAGCUCUUAUGUCCAAAACGGCUGGAUCAAUCAUUGAAGCUGCACUGAAAAGGGAUCCCCAUGAGGCUGAGUUCAUACAAUCUGUACAAGAAGCUGUUCAUGCUUUAGAGAGAGUGAUUGCAAAAAAUUCCCAUUAUGUCAGCAUUAUGGAGCGCUUGCUAGAACCUGAGCGUAUGAUUGUUUUUCGAGUUCCAUGGGUGGAUGAUAGAGGUGAAACACAUGUCAAUCGAGGCUUCAGGGUACAAUUUAGCCAGGCACUGGGUCCAUGUAGGGGUGGUAUUCGAUUUCAUCCAACAAUGACUUUAAGUAUUGCCAAAUUUCUUGGUUUUGAACAGACGUUAAAGAAUGCUUUAUCACCCUACAAACUAGGAGGUGCCGCAGGUGGAAGUGAUUUUGAUCCUAAAGGGAAAAGUGAUAACGAGAUCAUGCGGUUUUGUCAAAGUUUCAUGAAUGAGAUAUAUCGUUAUUUUGGUCCUGACAAGGACCUUCCAUCAGAAGAAAUGGGAGUUGGUAUUCGAGAAAUGGGAUACCUCUUUGGACAGUACAGACGUCUAGCUGGUCAUUUUCAGGGAAGUUUUACAGGCCCAAGGAUAUUUUGGUCAGGUUCUAGCCUUCGGACUGAAGCAACUGCUUAUGGGCUGGUUUUCUUCUCCCAGCUCAUUCUUGCAGAGAUGAAUAAAGAUAUCAAAGGACUGAGAUGUGUUGUAAGCGGUUUUGGAAAGAUUGCAAUGCAUGUUCUGGAAAAGCUUGUUGCUGUUGGUGCUCUUCCAAUUACAGUAUCAGAUUCAAAAGGAUAUUUGGUUGAUGAGGAUGGAUUUGAUUAUAUGAAAAUAUCAUUUUUGAGGGAUCUCAAAGCCCAACAAAGAAGUUUGAGAGAUUAUUCAAAGACUUAUGCUCGGUCUAAGUACUAUGAUGAGGCAAAACCGUGGAAUGAAAGGUGUGAUGUUGCAUUUCCCUGUGGUUCUCAAAAUGAAAUUGACCAGGCUGAUGCCAUUAAUUUGGUUAAUUCAGGUUGUCGUAUACUUGUAGAAGGCUCAAAUAUGCCUUGCACUCCUGAAGCAGUUGAUGUAUUGAAAAAAGCUAAUGUUCUCAUUGCUCCUGCCAUGGCCGCUGGUUCUGGAGGGGUUGUUGCAGGAGAAAUUGAGCUAAACCAUGAGUGUAAUGUAAUGCAUUGGUCACCAGAGGAUUUUGAAUCUAAAUUACAGGAAGCAAUGAAACAGACAUUCCAUAGAGCUCUCAAAGCAGCAAAUGACUUUGGUUAUCAAAAAGAAAGUCCUGAGGCUUUGCUGCAUGGAUCAGUCAUCUCUGCUUUUCUGGCAAUUGCUCAAGCCGUGACUGAUCAAGGAUGUGUAUAGAGAAGAAAGAUGUAGACUUAUAUGUAUGUGCACCAAAGCUGAUUCUUGUGUGGCAGGCCCUAUGACAAUUGGAGAAUGCACUCCAUAGCGGGAAACUGGAGCACUUUGUUAACUUUAUUGCAUGGGUUUCCAGAUCUCGAUCUUUGAAUUCAAUGGCAGGAAAUAUUGGAGAUAUGACAGAUCUCUUUGUAACAUACAUGUAAUGCAUUAGUCAAGACUUGGAAAAGAAUGACUUGUUUAGACUCUUAUUGGAUUAGUAAUUGGGGAGCAAUGUGUCACAGUUGUAGGGCUGGAAUAGAAAUAUUUAUUCUUGGCCUGCAAGAGUUGCCUAUAAAAUUUAGCUCAGUACUAUCAACUAUGAAAUACAUUGACAGCAACAUUGGAAAUAAAAUUUAUUAUUCUUGCAA